AUGAAAGCCAACGAGAAGACGUCACUUUCAGCCCCAAGACCCGGGACCGGGAAUGGAGACUCACUUCACGAUUCUGAUGUGGAGAUUGUGGAGUGGACCUCUCCCAAUGAUGCACGAAACCCGUACAACUGGCCUCGGCAGAAGAAGAUCAUCCUCACAGCUGUAGCCCUGUUCGCUACGUUCACGAUGAUGAUGAACGGCACCAUCGUCACCAUCGCCCACGAGGCAAUUGGCGACCGCUUCCAUGUCAGCGAUGCCUCAUUCCCGCACUCGUACUGGGUCGUCACAUCCUGGACUCUCGGAGGGGCACUGUUCUCAUUUAUGGUGCUCCCGAUGAUGGAGGAUUUCGGCAUCCGCAAUGCCUUCCUAUUCAGCUACCUGAUCUUUCUGAUAUCCCUUAUCCCGCAAGCUGUGGCACACAACUUUGCCACGAUUAUCAUUACGCGUUUCUUCAGCGGCGGCUGCGUUGCCAUCAUCGCCAACUCGACCAGCAGCGUCAUCGGCAACAUAUGGGCUGAUGAUCGGGCUCGUACCAUCCCCAUGAGUCUCUGGAUCACGCUCUAUCUCAUGGGAAGCAGCACGGGGCCCGUGGUCGGUGCCGCUAUCCUCAAAUAUCUCUCAUGGCGCUGGAUCACGUACUGCCAGCUGAUCUGGUACGGCCUACUAUUCCCACUAUACUGGCUUCUGCUCUCCGAGACGCGUGGCGACGUCAUCCUCGCCCAAAUCGCCAAGGAGCUGCGCACCAAGCACGGAAAGAACGCCUACAGCCGGCUCGAACUGGGAUCUACGACCCCUCUAUCAGUGUUACUGCUCCGCAGCGUGCAGCGGCCGCUCUACAUGCUCCUCACCGAGCCCGUCGCGCUCGUCUGCACCCUCAUGGCCGGCCUAAUCGUCGGCAACAUCUACCUCUUCACCCAGUCCGUCGAGCAGGUCUUCGCCGGGCUCUACGGCUGGGACGACCCGGUACAAGCCGGCUUCGCGCAGGUCGCCGUCGUCGUCGGCGAGGCGGUCGGCUGGUGCGGCGCCCUCGUAUCCGCGCAACUCUACUUCGCCUCCGCGAAGCGCAACACCGAGAAUCCAGGCGAACCCAUCCCAGAGGCGCGGCUGUACGUGGGCGCCGUCGCCGGUUUUGUUGGUAUGGCCGGCGGCAUGUUCGUGUACGCCUGGACGUCGUAUCCAGACGUGCCGUGGAUAGCGCCGGCCGUCGGCCUGGCUAUGGUUGGGGCUGGUAAUACGGUUGUUAUUAUAGGGUUUGCGGACUACGUUGUUGAUGCCUACGCUAAGUUUGCUGGGAGCGCUAUCGCGGCUGUGUCGCUGGGCGAGAACGUCUUCGCGGCUUUCUUGCCCCUUGCUGCGCAGAGCAUGUAUACCGAUCUCGGUUUCAGGUGGGCUAGCAGCUUGCUUGGCUUCUUGUCGUUGGUUCUCUCGUUUGCGCCUGUCGUGUUGAUUAUUUGGGGGAAAGAUAUUCGGGCGCGGAGUCCCUUCAUGAAGGAAGCGAGGCUGGAUAUCAAGGCCGAUGCGCAGAGCGACGGUGAUGUGUAA